AAAUUCUGAGCUGGGGUGAAGGUUUCAAAUUAGGGCUUCAACCCAGGGUUAAGGUUUCAAAUUAGGGUUUGAAACUAGGAUUGAGAAUUUUGCGUAGGGUUUCAAAGGCAGGGUUGGGGUUUUCAAUUAAGGUUUCAAACUAGGGUUAGGUUAGGUUUCAAAUCAGGGGUUUUAAACAGGUUAGGGUUUGAAAGUAAGAUUAGAGUUCGGACAUGACUAUGAAUAAGGUAUCAAAUUAGGGUUUCCAACAGGUUAGGGUUUUAAACUAGGGCGAGGGUUUCAAAGUAAGAUUAAAAUGUCAAACUAGGGAUAAGGACUCAAAUUAAGGUUUCAGAUAAAUUAGGGUUUCAAAUUAUUGGUCGGCGUGUAUAGUAGGGUUUUACUAAGAUUAAUAUUUCAAAUUAGGCUUCCUGUUUGUAACUGUCAUGAUUUAAUAUACCCAUGUUUGUUUAUCUUAUGUUGUGCAACGUGUGUACAUUGUUAAAUACUCACAUACGUUUGGGUUAUUAUGCCUCCUACUGUUCAGUUUGGGGAUCGCAUCGUGUGGCAGGAAGCAGUUAAAAUUGUUUGGGUAAUUGCGACAGGCGUGUGAGGAGAAGGACGGAAGCGUAAGAUGCAUGCACAUGCAAACAAUUUGGAUUACUUGUAUUUGCUCCUGAAUUGCUGUUUGCAAGGCGAAGCGAUGCCAGACCAAAUGCGAAGAGCUGGAGAACCAAGUCCAGGACCUGCUGUACGAGCAGCGGGUGUUGCGCAAGGACAAGGCGGACGUGACACGCUACCUGAAGCGCUCGCUGGACGCCAAAGACAAGAAAGUGGAGAUGCUGAUGGAGCAGGUGGAGAGCCAGCAGGAGGCGGCGGAGCGUCAAAAAGAAUGUAUGGAGCAGCUGGAGGCCACGGUACAGCAGCUGGAGGCGCGCAUCCAGGAGCUCAACAGUGAAAUCUGCACGCAAGUGGAGAAGCUGGAGGCUCAGGCUGGGCAGCUGGUGGCUCUGGAGGAGAAGCUGGUGAAGCAGAAGCAGGACCAGGAGGCCUCCAUCCGCCACCUCAAGGAGGAAGCCGAGCGAGACAAGACCAACAUGAUCGCCGAGACCAUGAGGAACAUGGAGGUGGUGUUUGAGGACAAGAUGGGCAAGGUGCUGCAGCAGGAGCGGGAGGAGAACAGCGAGAAGAUGCUUCAGCUGAAAAAGAUGCUGGGAGAAAACAUGACCCUGUGGGAGGAGAAGGACGUAAUGCAGAAGAGAGAGCUGGAACUCUACUGCGAGGUCAGCCGACUCCAAGAGGAGCUCGUCAAGAAGCCCAGACGCAAGCUCAUCCGCAGGAAGUGAGCAAUCAUGUCAAAUGAUCUUCUACUGAACUUUCAAAAAGAACUGUUAACCUGCUGGAGCAACAACAAAGUCGAUAGGACCAAGAGGCGUAACGACACGUCAUGUUCACGGUGGCCUCCAGCAAGACAACGUUGUGAAAGAGCUGCACACGUUAUCUCACUGCCUUCAAACUACUAAAGUGUCAUGAAACGACUUGAAAAACUGUCAUGGAAACUCCAUAAGUUCUCAUAAAAACAGCAGAAAUUGUCAAGCGACUCAAUUAGCUAGCUGAUAGACAAAGCAACACAAAAUGAAAUACUACAUAACACUAACACACACGGGAUGGCGUGACAUGGUGUGGAAUGAUUGUCGCUUAGAUUACAGUGAGACAAACACAAAGAUUCCGGAAUGUUCCGUAAAUAUUGAGGCAUUUGGGAAUUGGAAUGAUGAGACCACCCAUCAGCUCCUUGCGAGCAAACAGAAAACCUUGCAAGAUGCGAGUAGACGCAUACUCACUACACGUAUGACAAUACACGACAAAAUUAAAAACGACACAACAGAUGAUACCAAAAAAAUGCGACACUACAUUUCACUAGAUAACAUUACACUCAAUUACAAUGAAAGAGGAGCUGCGGCUGAAGUUGGCUGUAAACGCGCCCACAGUGGCGCAGCCUGCCCACUGAUGCGCUGGCCUGCGCUCAUCUCUAUAUUUACCAAAACUGGCCUAACAUCCAACAAGCCAGCGCUGGAUCUACGUAACAAAAAUCAGUGACACAACGUGAUAAAUUGUUUUACAGGUCACGAGCUGACAGGAGAGUAUGAUUAACUAAGCAGAGCACCAAUCAGCAGCUUACUUAAGACUCCGCCCCUUGAAAUUCAAUGCUGUGACUUGUUCAUGUUUGACUCCCGGGAGAAUCACAAGUAUUUCCUCCACAAUAACGGGCUGCCCUAAUCUCUCUUCCUCAUUUUCAUUCUUCUAUG